ACACACGAUUUUGCAAUUGUACAUUCGUGUGCACAGACACGAAAAGGGGCCUACAUAUUUCGCACAUAGUUAACUCUUUGAGUUGGAUGCCACGUCUGGUUGCCAAUUUAGGCGUUCGCUCGGAAGAGAGAGUCGUAGUCUGCUUUGUGAAGCUAUGUCCCAUACGUCUAGGGUCUUGUUCAGCUAGUUGCCAGCUCGGGUUUUUUACAAAUAAAGCUUGAAGGGCUGUGUGCGAGUCUCUCUCACCUCGUCGCGUGCGAAUGCGACCUCGCCGACAUGGGCGAACCCGUUGAGUCGCGCUACGCGGCUGCGUGCUCGCCGGAAGGGGUACCGCGGAGGGGCGGAGGGGAUGGCGCUCGAAGGAAGCUGGCCCUGAGCUACGUCGAAGGUUUGACUGAAUUGGACCCGUCGUCUGUUGCGAACGUGGACAGCAACGGCAUGACGCUGCUGCACCGGGCCUGUCACGAGGGUCACUUGGACCUCGUCAAGUGUUUGAUAAGGUUUGACAGGUGCAGGAUCGACGGCGCGCUUGGCGCCGCCGAGAAGGGGGCGUCGAUUUUGCCUACGCUCAACUACCAGGAUAUAUUUGGGAGGACGGCGCUGACGAUGGCGGUGUCGGCCAACCACGAGGCGGUGGUUGAGGAGUUGCUGGCUUAUUACGACUAUUUGAAGGGUCGCGUGACGUCCGUGGUGGGAGGUGGUGACAAGGAGCGCCGCAUGGGCGGUUUGUCGGCGAAGGAGCGUUUGGCCAGGUUUCCGCACUUGGGGAUAAAUUUGAAGGACGCGAGGGGUCAGAGCGCGUUGAUGAUAGCUACUCGCAAGGGUCACACGUCGAUUUUGCGCCGUUUGUUGCGGGCCGAGGGGACGGACGUCAACUGCUGCGACGAUCGCAUGCGCAGUUGUUUACACUUCGUGUGCUCGCAGUAUUUUUCGUCGAGGGAGGCUUGCGGCGGCGCGGUGGCGUCCGCGAGCGACAGAUUUGGGGCCUGCGACAGGCGACGCGGAGGUUCGCCGUCGUCGGUCGUUCGGAUGGCUGCGGAGUAUGCGGAGUUAUUGAUAUCUUUUGGAAUCGACCUGGCUUUGAGGGACAUUUGCUCCAACACCGUGUUUCACCUGUGUCUCCGCAAGGGCGACACGGAGUUGCUUCAGAGCAUACUCGACGCGGCGGAGAGACACAAUUCUAAAUCGCUUUUGCAGGCGCUGCAGACGGCCAACCGUUUGGGUCAGACGCCCUUGCAGCUGUCGUCCGUGGCGUGCUCCUCGGACGCGGCGGGGUCGCUGAAGCGCGUCUACGACGUCUGCGUGCAGAAGGAGUGCAGGCGUCUUGGCGUUGAGAAGAUGGACAAGCGCUUCAUCUCGAAGCACUGGCUGACCAUGAUUGGCCUGCCCCAAUACAGGGACGUGUUCUUCAAGAACGACGUUUCGGGCUUGGUUCUGUUGAGGCUGACGGAAGAGAUGCUGAAGAAGGACUUGGGCGUCGACAGCUUGGGACACCGCAUGACGAUUUUGCAGGCGUCGAGGGCGCUGGCUUCCGUGUCGGCGCGUCCGACUUCCUUGGAGCCGUCGGGGGCGCCGCCGGGGGCGACCGCGAGCGAAAGAGAGAAGUGCGGAUACGAGGAAUUCAUGCGGGAGGCCUACAAGUGGGAAAUUCUCGAAGAGGAACUGGACCUUCGCGAGCGGAUCGGAAGGGGCUUCUUCGGCGAGGUCAGACGCGCGGUUUGGAGGAAACUAGAAGUGGCCACGAAGACCAUAUACAGAGAGUCCGCCGGGGCCAAGGACUUGAGCAAGAAGAGCCUGACGUACAAGGAAAUGUCUAUUUUGUCCCAAUUGCGACACCCGAACAUUCUGAAUUUUCUCGGAUUCGUCAGAACUAGCGGGGGAGACAUCAUGAUGGUGACGGAGCUGAUGCCGAACGGCUCCCUGCACAAGCUGAUUCGGUACGACUUUGGAACAGUCCGUCGCCUGCGGUACCGAAUCGUGCUCGACAUUGCUCGCGGAAUGGCGUAUUUGCACUCUCGCCGACUUGUGCACAGGGACCUGAACACGAAGAACCUACUCUUGGAUGCGAACUACGCGACGAAGAUCUCCGACUUCGGGCUUUCUCGGAUCCGCGACGAGAUGAACAACAUGUCCGUCCUGGUCGGGUUCCUCGGCGUCAUGGCGCCCGAGGUGUUCAAGGGCGAGAAGUACUCCGAAAAAGCGGACGUGUUCUCCUUCGCGAUGGUGUUGUACGAAAUUUUGACCGGGAGAGAAGCCUGCCAGCUCGAGGGCGCGUCGCUGCCCGCCUACGCCAACAGCGUGGCGAAUCAGGGAUAUCGACCACCCUGGACGGACAGGGUGCUGCAGGACGAGAGCCUCGCCAGCUGGAGGCGGCUCACGGAAGAAUGCUGGGCGCAGGACCCGGAAAACCGCCUGUCCUUCUACCAAAUUUUGGAGCGAAUCCCUCGCCUCUCCCUCGAACAGUCAGCGGAGUCCCACGGCGCCCAAAGCGCCGCCGACGCCUCUGAUGACGUCCGAUAUGUCGUGUGAAAAAAAAAAAGAAGAAAAAAGCCCCGACCGCGCGCCGGGGGACCCCCCUCCCGGACUCUCGCCGCGUCCCAUCGACGCCGGCCGGAGAGCAAGCGGCACUUCUGGUAACCCCCGCGGGGGAAAGGGGGGAGGGGGGGUCUGGCUUCGGCCGGAAAAUGGCGUACACACAUUUGUACGCGCGCGCACUGUACCACAAAAAAGUUUUUUUUUUCGCUC